AUGUUUAUCGGGCCACCUGUUGAAGAGCCACUGGCCACUUCCUCCAACCUACAGCUGGCCACUUCCUCCAACCCUUCCUCCAACCCUUCCUCCAACCCUUCCUCCAACCUACAGCUGGCCACUUCAUCCAACCUACAGCUGGCCACUUCCUCCAACCCUUCCUCCAACCUACAGCUGGCCACUUCCUCCAACCCUUCCUCCAACCUACAGCUGGCCACUUCCUCCAACCUACAGCUGGCCACUUCCUCCAACCUACAGCUGGCCACUUCCUCCAACCUACAGCUGGCCACUUCCUCCAACCUGCAGCUGGCCACUUCCUCCAACCCUUCCUCCAACUUACAGCUGGCCACUUCCUCCAACCUACAGCUGGCCACUUCCUCCAACCUACAGCUGGCCACUUCCUCCAACCCUUCCUCCAACUUACAGCUGGCCACUUCCUCCAAUCUACAGCUGGCCACUUCCUCCAACCUACAGCUGGCCACUUCCUCCAACCUACAGCUGGCCACUUCCUCCAACCUACAGCUGGCCACUUCCUCCAACCUACAGCUGGCCACUUCCUCCAACCUACAGCUGGCCACUUCCUCCAACCCUCCUCCAACCUACAGCUGGCCACUUCCUCCAACCUACAGCUGGCCACUUCCUCCAACCCUCCUCCAACCUACAGCUGGCCACUUCCUCCAACCUACAGCUGGCCACUUACUCCAACCCUCCUCCAACCUACAGCUGGCCACUUCAUCCAACCUACAGCUGGCCACUUCCUCCAACCUACAGCUGGCCACUUCCUCCAACCUACAGCUGGCCACUUCCUCCAACCUACAGCUGGCCACUUCCUCCAACCCUCCUCCAACCUACAGCUGGCCACUUCCUCCAACCUACAGCUGGCCACUUCCUCCAACCCUUCCUCCAACUUACAGCUGGCCACCUCCUCCAACUUACAGCUGGCCACUUCCUCCAACCUACAGCUGGCCACUUCCUCCAACCUACAGCUGGCCACUUCCUCCAACCUACAGCUGGCCACUUCCUCCAACCCUCCUCCAACCUACAGCUGGCCACUUCCUCCAACCCUCCUCCAACCUACAGCUGAUCGGCCUAUAUGAUCAGCCUAUAUCAACUAUCUGUGGCUUAUCAUCUGAAUCUAUACGAACACCGUUAUAA